UGUAACAUCAGAUAACACUUCCACUUUCUCUUUCCCAGUCCAACACUGAAUCCCUACCUGGAUAGGUGUUGUUAAGGGUGGGACGAGUAGCCUACUGCAUUCCCACUGUUUUGCUAGCUAGCUCGAGCUAUCUAAUUCGUGGGCAGAAGUUUUAUUAUUUAGCGUUUCGGUGCUAGAGUUGUUUUAACGCUCAAUACCGAGUGCUCGUUGUAAUUUAUUAGUGGCAGGAGGGAAUCGCGCGAUGUUCUCUUGUCGUGCACGGUCUCUGUUCUAGCGUUAGUCCACAGUGACUCGCGGAGCAUUUUUUCUUUUUCUUUUUUUUUUUUCUUUUUGAAAUGCAGUCAGUGUAACCCGUUUACAGAAGAGACUGAGAGCGGGAGUCGUAACAACGAAAUUAUUAAAAUAGUUAUCCCUUUUCAUCAUUUGAAGGGUCAAUAAUAGUCUAAUAAUAAUAAUAAUCGUCAUUCUGUAAGACUAUGUUGUCAUUUAGGCUAAAACAAGCACUACAUUACAAGCCAGCUAAGCAGUGACUUAUUAUUUGUUUUAUGUUUUGCAAAGUGACGCCCUUACCUGUAUUGAAGAGAGCAGCUUCACACCCAGCAAGGAAGGCAGAGCCAGCAAGAAAUACUGCCAUCUUUGCAAGAUGAGAAGAGGAGAUUAGCUGACAAAAAGAAAAAAAAAAAAAAAAAGAAAAAAGAAAAACAUGGCAUCAGCACAAACCGAGUCUGAUGAAGAACAUGAUUCACGUGAUCUGAGGAUUGUGCUGCUGGGAGUCUCUGGAGCUGGAAAGAGUGCAAUAGGAAAUGCAAUACUGGGUCGAGAGGCUUUUAAAGAGAGCAGAACCAGAGAGAGUGAGAUACAGACAGGAAGAGUAGAAGACAGAAACAUCUCCAUCAUCGACACUCCAGGAUUCUUCAACACUCAACUGACUGAUGAAGAAAUUAAGAAGCAGAUGAUGAAGAGUCUGUAUCUCUCUGAUCCUGGUCCUCACGUGUUCCUGCUCGUCAUCAACCUGGAGACCUUCAGAGAGGAGCAGAGGAACAUUGUCCAGCAAAUUCAGCAGAACUUUGGAGAAGAAGCUUUGAAGUUUACAAUGGUGCUGUUUAUUGGACGAGAAAAGGUCUCCAGAAGAGUACUGAAUCAAAUCAUUGAGAGUCAAGAAACACAGAAAAUGAUAAGCUACUUUGAGGGAAGAUUUCAUGUGAUAAACAGCAAAAAUGAGUGUGAUUCCAGCCAGAUCAUAAAGCUCCUAAAAAGUAUCGAUGAAAUGAUGAAGAACAAUGGAGAACGACACUACAGCAAUGAGAUCUACCUGAAGAAUCAGAGAAAACUCAGAGAGCAGGAGAGAAUGAAACAAGGAGAAAACAGACUAAAACAAGAAGAAGCGAGAAUGAAAGAGGAGCAGGUUUGGAAAAGACACACAGAGAUGAAAAAAAUACAAGAUGACAGUGAUACAUGGAAGCAGAAAGGAGCAAUAAAUCAAGAGGAGGAAAUAAAAAUGAAAAUCAAAGAGGAGGGAAUAACAGAUGACAAUGAUAGGAAAAAAGAGAAUGUGUGUAAGAAGAAAACACAAUAUCUGAGAGAAAACGAAGCUGCUGUUCAGGAAAAUCUCAGGAGACAGAUGGAAAGUCGGAGAGAGAAAGAAAGACAGAGAUGGAAACUAAAAAGAGAAAUUACACAAGAAAAUCCAUCAAGACAAUCAGAUUUGAGGAUCAUGAUUCUUGGUAAAUCUGAUGUGGGAAAGACUGCAACAGCAAACACCAUCCUGGGCAGAGAUGUGUUUAGAGCAGGGGCUGUAGCUGGUACUUUAGCCUGUGAGAAACAAGACUCAGUGGUGUCUGGAAGAGCCAUCUCAAUCAUUGAUACUCCAGGACUGUUAGAUGCCCCGUGGAUCAGACACUUUCAGCAUCAACUCGAGCGUGAUAUUGAGGAAUGCUUAGACAUGUCUGUUCCUGGUCCUCAUGUGUUUCUGCUGGUCAUCAGACUGAAUGGAAGACACACAGAGGAGGAGAAAAACACAGUGAAAUGGAUCCAGGAGAACUUUGGAGAAGAUGCUUUACGUCACACUAUUGUUCUGUUCACUCAUGCAGAUUUGCUGAAGGAUAGAUCACUGGAUCAGUAUAUCAGAAAAAGCCCUGAUCUGCAGUCACUGAUUGACAGCUGUGGUGGCAGAUUUCAUUUAUUCAACAAUCAAGACAGACACAACCAACAUCAGGUCACAGAACUGCUGGAGAAGAUUGAACAACUGAUUAAAGACAAUGGAGGAGAACAUUACGCUUAUGAGAAGAGCCGAAAGAAGAAACAAGAGGACAAGGGACUAGACAACAGUGAACAGGCCACAGAGAAGGAAACAGAGUUGAAUGAUCAUCUCUUCAGACUUAUGAUGGGUCUUGAGUUAAGUGAGAUGGCUCUGAGAUUGUCGCUAGCGAGAGCAAUGGCACACAGCAAUCUGUCAAGACAAAGCCUGAGGAUUGUGCUGCUGGGAUUACUUUCAACAGGUAAAAGUUCAGCUGGAAACACCAUCCUGGGCAGAAAAGUGUUCCAAGCAAGUCCUGUGUCAGCCACUGAGAGCUGCGAGAAACAAACAGCAGUAGUUUCUGGGAGAACGGUCUCAGUAGUAGACACUCCACCACUGAUAGAUCGCUUGUUGUUCAUGGAUCAUCGACAGUCUGAAAUUGAGAAAAGUUUAGAAAUGUCUGCUCCUGGUCCACACGUGUUUCUGCUGGUUAUAAACCUGAUAGGAUUCACAGAGGAGAGGAAGAACACAGUGGAAUGGUUUCAGGAGAACCUUGAAAGAGAUGCUUUAAAUCACACAAUCGUUCUUUUCACUCAUGCUGACUGGAUUAAUCUGCUGACAGAUGAACCUUUGAUUGAGUAUAUCAAAAAACACAGUGCUCUAAAAUCACUGAUAGACAGCUGUGGUGGCAGAUAUUACUCACUUGACAAUGCAAAAAUGCAGAACCGUUUUCAGGUCUUAGAGCUGCUGAUGAAAAUUGAUGAAAUGCUGGAGAAAAAUGGAGGGACACACUACACCAAACAAAACAUCUUUAAAAGAGCCCAGAUAAAGAGUCAGUCAAAUACAGAACAAGAUGAUUCAGGUGGUUGUGAAAUACAGUAAGACCUGUUUAAACCAAGAAUGACAGUGAUAACUAUGACCAUAAAGUUAAAAAAAAAAGUUUCAA